GCCAAAGCAAGGGGUCAGGGUAUUAAAUUAUCUAGCCUACAAUUGUACCACGACUCCAUAACUUUGACUGAGGAAUCCUCCGAACAAGAAAAAGUCAUAAAAACCCGGGUUUACAUUAUGCUAUUGUUUGGGAACUUGCUAUUUCCCGAAGGGACGGGAAAUAGCAUAAAUUUUAUGUACUUGAGUUUGCUCGGGGACAUUGAUAGAAUAAGCACAUAUAGUUGGGGUUCUGCAGUAUUAGCAUUCCUAUAUAGCUCUUUGUGUAAAAAUGCACAAAAUGAGCACUGUACAUUUUCUGGAUGUUCUUUUUUGCUUCAAACAUGGGGGUGGUGGAGAUUGCCGAGGCUAGCCCCAGAAAAUCCUAAUGACUACUCCUUCCCCUACGCAACUAGGUUCAUUACAACCGGACUGGAUUACAGUCUUACCCCCAAAAAUAAAAUUAUAUUUUAUCGUCAACUGUUGGAUCGUCUCCGAGCACAGGAUUUUAUUUGGAGGCCAUAUUUGGGAUUGGAACAUCAACCAAACCCCGAAGAUGCAGCUGUUUGGACAGCAAAAACGGCCAUAAUGCGGUUCACCACUGUGGAGAUGCACCAAAGUGACCGUGUCAAGCUUCAAUUCGGAAUGCAUCAAGACAUCCCAGGCCCCCCAUGUCCAUGGAACCUUGGCAUCUAA